UGCAACGAAGAAGCUACGGCGUCUUUUUGGGUGCUUUCUGGAGAUGAAGGUUCGGAAGAAAAUGUUUGGAGGCCAUCGCUUGCUCAAGAACCUGAAAAUUUAGGUCAGCGUGUAAAAUCUUUUGCCACCCUCGCGGAAGACCGGACCAGACGAGAUAAUAACCCAAUUGCAACUCAAAUUGUGGACCAUAAUGGGGAAAUUGUUAUCACCAUCAACAAUGUAGGUCCUGAUGGUCGUAAUCAGGAUGGUGAGGAUUGGAAUAAUGCAGAUUCAGGGCCAAACUUUGCUCCAUCCACUCAGACCGUUGGAUUUGACAUUCUGGCCAACGCGAAGCCAAAUCCGAGAGACAAGAUCUUGGCGGAUCCUUCGAAAACCGAUCAAUUUACAAGUAACGGGUCCAAUUCAACACCAAUGUUAACUGCAACAAGCGUGUUGUAGAAGAUGUUUGAUAAAAUGGAAAGAGAUAUCGCUCGUUGCAGAAUGUGCCAAAUUGAUCUCAAGAUGUCGAAUCAUGGCACAACUUCGCUUUGGAGGCAUGCUAAGAGUAAACAUUCUGAGGAAUUAACUAUGUUAAGUUAUGAAUGUGCGUCAGAAUUGACCCAACACAAGGAACGCCCAUACUUGGCCAAGUCGGAAAAGAAACUUCAUUUAGAUAGACUUCUGGCCAAAAUGAUAGCAAAAGACAUUCAGCCUAUCUCAAUGGUUGAGGACGUUGGUUUCCUCAACUUCUGUCAAGCAUUGGACCCAAAAUACAGUCUUCCCUCGCGACGUACCUUGUCAGAUACUAUACUACCAUCCAUGUUUGAAGAGAUUCAAGGAAGAUUAGUGAAGCAAUUGGAACAAACUAGUUGGGUCUGUUUGACUACGGAUUUGUGGACUUCGCUCAAUGCUGUUGGAUUCCUAGCUGUAACAGUGCACUUUUGGAACCAACACGACGAGGAUCUUUGUUCCUUUACAUUGGACUGUAUUAGAAUUCACGGCCGCCAUACAUCCCAAAUUCUCGGCGAAGAGUUGCAAAAAAUACUUGUUAGAAACAAUGUAUUGUCCAAGGUUGUGGUUUGUGUCACUGACAAUGGUGCAAACAUGGUAAAAGCUGUCAAAAACACCAAGCUUUGCCAUAUACCUUGCUAUGCACACACUUUGAAUUUGGUGGCCAAUGGAUCUCCAAGGAAUGUGCCUGCCGUCCAUAAAGUGAUCGAAACAGCAUCAAAAAUUGUAGAGCAAACAAAGAAGAGCUCCAUAGUCCAUGAAAAGUUUGAAACUAUUCAACGAAAUCAGGGUAUACCAGUGGUGAAAAAGCUUAUACAAGAUGUGGCCACGCGAUGGAACUCAACAUAUGAGAUGAUGGAUCGCAUUGUAGAAUUAAGAGGCCCAAUUUGCGAGUUGAUGAGUGAACAAGGGAUGUGUGACAAGGUUGGUUGUGUUGAUUCCAAUUGGUGGCAAGCCGUUUCUCAAUGUGUAGAAGUUCUUCAACCAUUAUAUGAGGCAACGCUUGAACUAUCAGGAGAACAACGACCUACAGGCUCCAAAAUAAUUCCAAUCACCAAAAUGCUUACCCAUCAUUACCAAAAAAAUGUGGAUAAAUCUGAAGCAGGAUCUGUGGCACAUGAUUUGGCUUCAGAAGUUCUAGCAAACAUAACCCGUAGAUUUGGAAUUUUUGAAGACUUCCCCGAACUGGCCAUAUCAACAAUUUUGGAUCCCCGCUUUAAGAGCCAUGGGUUUCAGUAUGAUUGCAAACUAACGCAUGCGUCAGAUUUACUUCUUCAGGAACUGGGAAAAUUGAUCGAAGUAGAGGCCCCUUUUCAUCAAGUUGAAGAAAGCCGUCCGAAACAAACCCGAACAUCUCUUUGGGAACCAUUUGAUCAGUGCAUUGUACAAAAAAGAGAAUCUGGACUCUUCAAAUCAGCGAGGUGUGAGCUCAAUGCAUAUUUUCAACAACCAUGCGAAUCACGUCACUCCAACCAAAUCACUUGGUGGAAUAAAGAUGGAAGGGCUCAAUUUCCCUUAUUGUAUAAGCUUGCAAUGAAGUAUUCAAUUAUUCCAGCAACAUCUGUGCCCUCUGAGAGAGUUUUUUCCGUAGCUGGGCAAGUUUUAUCAAAAAGGCGAAAUCGCCUUGGAGAUGAAUGCGCCAGAUUAUUGAUCUGCUUGCACAACAACAUAAACGCCUGAUUUUUCCAUUUUAGCAUCCAUCUUCCAACACUUGAAAUAUAUUUAUUUUAAAGUUCUGAAAAAGGUACAUGUUACACGUAGGUUAAAAAGGCUUAGCAAAUCUUCAGGGAAAUUGAAUUAUAACCAUUAAAAACUAUGUUGUCUGAAAGAAUACAAAUCACAACAAUUAUCAAACAUCUACUUGAUAGAAGUCAAAAGCAUACUUAUUUACAAUUUGAAUACAAAGCAAGAGAUGAUUUACUAUACCACGAUUGAG